CGGGCUGCGGGCCCCGCGACCGAGCGCGGCGACUGCGAGCGCGACGCGGGCCCCGCGCGAUCCCCCGGCGCCCCGCCUCCGGAGCAGCCCCUGCCGCCAGCCACCGCCCCCCGGCCGCCCCGGAACGCCAGAGACGCACGGCGCCCAGCGGACGGGCCGCGGGGAGCUGAGUCCCCGCACCCGAACGGAGACGCGGGCGGCGCUGGGCGAGCGCGGGGCCUCGGGGGGCGAGACCUGCGGAGCCUGCGGCCGGCGGGAAGGUCAGGAGGAAGAGAAGAGAGUAAAUGAAGAGAGAGAACUGGAAUAGCUCCUCCCAGAAGAAAAGGGAAGCAAGCUUGGCUGCAGACCCCAGUCUUGCAAAGCAGCAGCCCCGCCUUGGAGCAGGGUGGUGGCCUGGGCAAUGGUGAGAGCCCUGAAGAUGUCCCAUGGCUGCUGAGGGGGCUGCCUGGUCAGGAAGCGGAGUGGUGGGCAUGGUGUGCAGCCUGUGCAGCCUGGUCCUGGUGUCCUCAGUUCUGGCGCUGGAAGAGGUAUUGCUGGACACCACUGGAGAGACAUCUGAGAUUGGCUGGCUCACCUACCCGCCAGGUGGAUGGGAUGAAGUGAGCGUUCUGGACGACCAGCGACGCCUGACUCGGACCUUCGAGGCAUGCCACGUGGCAGGGGCCCGUCCAGGCACUGGGCAGGACAACUGGCUGCAAACCCACUUUGUGGAGCGGCGAGGGGCCCAGAGGGCACACAUCCGACUCCACUUCUCUGUGCGGGCCUGCUCCAGCCUGGGCGUGGCCGGAGGCACCUGCCGGGAGACCUUCACGCUCUACUACCGCCAGGCCGAGGAGCCCGAUAGCUCCGAUGGCAUUGCCACCUGGCACCACAAACGCUGGACCAAGGUGGACACAAUUGCAGCAGAUGAGAGCUUCCCUGCCUCCUCCGCGUGGACUGUGGGGCCUCGUGGCUCCGGGCAGCGGGCUGGGCUGCAAUUGAAUGUCAAAGAGCGGAGCUUCGGCCCCCUCACCCAGCGCGGCUUCUACGUGGCCUUCCAGGACACCGGGGCCUGCCUGGCCCUCGUGGCGGUCAAACUCUUCUCCUACGCCUGCCCCUCCGUGCUCCGUGCCUUUGCCUCUUUUCCUGAGACGCAGGCCAGUGGGGCCGGGGGGGCCUCCCUGGUGGCAGCCGUGGGCACUUGUGUGGCUCAUGCAGAGCCAGAGGAGGAUGGAGGGGGUGGCCAGGCAGGGGUCAGCACCCCCAGGCUGCACUGCAACGGGGAGGGCAAGUGGAUGGUAGCUGUUGGGGGCUGCCGCUGCCAGCCGGGGCACCAGCCCAUGCGUGGAGACAAGGCCUGCCAAGCCUGCCCCGGGGGCUCCUACAAGGCCUUGGCUGGGAAUGCUGCCUGCUCACCGUGCCCUGCCCGCAGCCAUGCCCCCGACCCUGCAGCCCCUGUUUGCCCCUGCCUCUCGGGCUUCUACAGGGCCAGUUCUGACCCCCCAGAGGCCCCCUGCACUGGCCCUCCGUCAGCCCCCCGGGAGCUUUGGUUCGAGGUGCAAGGCUCAGCACUCAUGUUGCACUGGCGCCUGCCCCAGGAACUUGGAGGGCGAGGGGACCUGCUCUUCAACGUCGUAUGCAAGGAGUGUGGAGGCCACCAGGAGCCGAGCAGUGGGACCGCCGCUUGUCGCCGCUGCAGGGAUGAGGUGCAUUUUGACCCCCGUCAGAGGGGCCUGACUGAGAGCCGAGUGUUAGUCGGGGGUCUCCGGGCACAUGUUCCUUACAUCUUGGAGGUGCAGGCUGUCAACGGGGUGUCAGAACUUAGCCCCGACCCUCCCCAGGCUGCAGCCAUCAAUGUCAGCACCAGCCAUGCAGUUCCCUCUGCAGUCCCUGCUGUGCACCAGGUGAGCCGAGCAUCCAACAGCAUCACAGUGUCCUGGCCACAGCCAGACCAGACCAACGGGAAUAUCCUGGACUAUCAGCUCCGCUACUGUGACCAGGCAGAAGAUGAAUCCCACUCCUUCACCCUGACCAGCGAGACCAACAUGGCCACUGUGACACAGCUGAGCCCAGGCCACAUCUAUGGCUUCCAGGUGCGGGCGCGGACUGCUGCAGGCCACGGCCCCUACGGGGGCAAGGUCUAUUUCCAGACACUGCCUCAAGGUGAGCUGUCUGCCCAGCUUCCAGAGAGACUCUCCUUGGUAAUUGGGUCCAUCCUGGGGGCCUUGGCCUUCCUCUUGCUGGCAGCCAUCACCGUGCUGGCUAUUGUCUUCCAGAGGAAGCGGCGUGGGACAGGCUACACAGAGCAACUGCAGCAGUACAGCAGCCCAGGCCUUGGGGUAAAGUACUACAUUGACCCCUCCACAUAUGAGGACCCCUGCCAGGCUGUCCGAGAAUUUGCCCGGGAGGUGGACCCUGCGUAUGUCAAGAUCGAGGAGGUCAUUGGGGCAGGCUCCUUUGGAGAAGUGCGCCGGGGCCGGCUGCAGCCCCGGGGACGGCGGGAGCAGGCAGUGGCCAUCCAGGCCCUAUGGGCUGGAGGGACUGAGAGCCUACAGAUGACAUUUCUAGGCCAGGCCGCAGUGCUGGGCCAGUUCCAGCACCCCAACAUCCUGAGGCUGGAGGGCGUGGUCACCAAGAGCCGGCCUCUCAUGGUGCUGACGGAGCUUAUGGAGCUGGGACCCCUGGACAGCUUCCUCAGGCAGCGGGAGGGCCAGUUCAGCAGCCUGCAGCUGGUGGCCAUGCAGCGAGGGGUGGCCGCCGCCAUGCAGUACCUGUCCAGCUUCGCCUUCGUCCACCGCACCCUCUCUGCCCACAGUGUACUGGUGAAUAGCCACCUGGUGUGCAAAGUGGCUGGUCUUGGCCACAGUCUUCAGGGCCCAAAUGGGAUGCUUCGCUGGGCAGCCCCAGAGGUCAUUGCACACGGAAAAUACACAACAUCCAGCGAUGUCUGGAGCUUCGGGAUAGUGAUGUGGGAAGUGAUGAGUUAUGGAGAACGGCCCUACUGGGACAUGAGUGACCAGGAGGUGCUAAAUGCAAUAGAGCAGGAGUUCCGGCUGCCGCCACCUCCAGGCUGUCCUCCUGCACUACAUCUGCUUAUGCUGGACACUUGGCAGAAGGACCGUACCCAGCGACCUCACUUUGACCAGCUGGUGUCUGCAUUUGACAAGAUGAUCCGCAAGCCAGACACUCUGCAGGCUGGCGGGGGCCCCGGGGACAGACCUUCCCAGGCCCUCCUGAACCCUGUGGCCCUGGACUUUCCUUCUCUGGACUCACCCCAGGCCUGGCUUUCGGCCAUUGGACUGGAGUGCUAUCAGGACAACUUCUCCAAGUUUGGCCUCUGCACCUUCAGUGAUGUGGCUCAGCUCAGCCUGGAAGACCUGCCUGCCCUGGGCAUCACCCUGGCCGGUCACCAGAAGAAACUGCUGCACAACAUCCAGCUCCUCCAGCAGCACCUGAGGCAGCCGGGCUCAGUGGAGGUCUGAGGCCCAGGCAGGAAGCUGUGAACUGACACUGCCUACGACCCAGCCCUGGACACAGGUCCAAGGAGGGAUAUGGGAGACGCAAGCCAGUCUCCAUCUUGGCCUCCAUGAGAGGCGCCCAGCACACUAAACCCAACCUUCCUGUGGAUGCUUCAUUCCCCAAUUCUCCACCCCUCCACCGCCCUCCCCACAUUAAAGGGAAAGAAGGGAUUUUGCAAGUUGGAGGUGUGGUGAGGCCUCAGUCUGCAAGGAGGGGCUAGGGAGGCUUUGAGCAGAAGCAGAGGGCAGGGCCGGGAUGGCCACGCCGCAGAACAGAAUGCACGAGAGGAGCAGAGCAGAGAACAACUUUAUUGGAAAGUAGAAGUUAGCAAGACACAGCCAGCUUCACCCCACCCUCAAAGUGGUACCUCUUUCCUCGCUCACACACUUUCCGCAAGCCUCCCCACAAAUGUCUGGGCUCUCCCCACCCCCUCGGACACUGAGGUGGAGACUGGAUGCCUGUCCUUAAAGUGCUUGGCUUCGACAGUGCAGAGUACUUCAGUAAGGCCCAAGAGCGGGCACAGGCCGGGGCCUCAUUGGCUUUCGCACUCAGCCUGUGCUCGGGGUGAGGCAUGGGCCACUUCCUUGAGUGCCAUUUGCCCCAGAGCUGAAGGAGUAGUGGAGACGUGGGCACAGUUAUUCCCAUUCCUAGUGCAUUCUACUUUCCUUUCCCCUCUGACCUGAGAGAUUAGACUUUUAAGUAUUUGGGGUUUUGUUUUCGUGUUUGUGAUGCUCCCAGGAAAAUGAGGGCAUCUGCAGCUCUCAGAUCUGAUAUUCCCAGCCCUCCCCAUCUUCCAAACCCCUGUUGAGCACUCCCUUCAAUUCUCUCCCUAGGGUCCCCUGCCGAAGCCUCUCCCAGUUGGUGCUGCUACGGGAGGUACUCCGAGACACCGAGGGGGUAGCAAGGGACAGGUAGGGGCUGAAGGGGAGGCCCAGCUGCAGUCUUUCAGCAUCUUUGUCCAGCGCCGAUUCUUUGCCCAGCUCCGAUGCCUUGUCCGCCUCAUCGUCGGAGCCCUGGUUAUGGAAGAUCUGUGCAUAGCGCCGGAGUCGCUGCUGGUUGAGAUCCUGUUUGUCUUCCACCCUGUGAAGAACGGAUGGCUUGAGAGGCAGCCAGGGAUAGAAGUGCUGAUCUCGGGCCAGUGUUUGUCUCCUAUCCAUACCCCAUCCCCACCAUGAUUGGCCUUUUUCCUUGUCUGUGGCUGGUGUGCACACAGUGGACACCAGCCUCUCAGCAGCCAGGCCUCUCGGGAAGUUGCGCCUCCUGGCCUAGCGGCUCUGUGCAUACUUUCAGGGGCCCAAGCACCCAGUGAGCCCCUUCCCUUAGCAGCAACUUCAGUCUGCAGGCAUAGAGCCUCAGGAGUGCACAGACCCACACAGGGCCUCUGGAAGCAGGAGGGUGUCUGCGCAGAGGAACCCAGCCCCACACUGUCACUCACCGCAGGAACCAGCGGUCCCCCAGUCCAUACUCUCGCCCGCAGAUCCCGGACCGAGGCCACAGGCAGCGAGGCAUCUUCCGCUCCAGCAUCACUGUGGUGGCCACGACCUGCAUGUUGGGACAAAAGGGGACAUCAGAAGCUGGGUGCAGACUGAGAAAUACAGACUGAGAAGAAGGGCAGAGGACAAGAGAGAACAUCAGGCAGAGGGACGGCAGUUUAGCAACAGCUAGGAAUCUCAGGAGCUCAUGGUUUCCCAGAGGUGACAGACAACAGCCCUAAGCUGAGGAUGGUGGUGUCAGCUUUGUGGACCCACUUCUUUGGAAGAGAGUCAACGGGACAUGAGCCCCAGAAUUCUCCGGCCAGUGACCUGACAUCCAUGCCAAUGCCAGGCUGGUCCUGCAGGAGGUUGAGACCUCACUCCAAGGUGACAGGAAAGAGAGCAAAGCAAAUAGAAAGGGGGCCUCAGGGCUACAGGGUAUUUUGACCCUACAGACGUAAAGCUCAUUUAUAAAUGCAAAGUCCCACUGAGAAAUCUAAUAUCAAUACAUUUGCAUGGAAAAAUAUCUUCCUGAGCAAACCCCAUUUAGCCACUUUAGGGUUUUAACUCCAUUUUCUAUACAGCACAGUUAAAUGCCAUCCAAUUUUCAGGAUUUCCAUUUUGCUGAAAUUAUUUUUGUUGAGAUAAAUUAUUUUGUAAGUGUA